AUGCCGCUUGCCCGCAAAACGGGGCUCAUGAUCGUGUUUUCAGUCGGAUUCCUUGCCAUUGUAUCCGCGGUCGCCCGCGUCGUCGUUCUCUACAAGUCUACGAGCCUGCACUCGGACUUCCCCUACGCGGCCGCGCCCUUCGAGCUGCUGGACGGGAUCCAGCUCAACAUGGCCAUCGUGUGCGCGACCGCGGUGCCCAUCGCCUCGGGCUUCUGUGUCGCCUUCAGCAAAAAGCGUCGCCGAGACAAGGGCUGGACGGCCGGAGGCGCAAGCAGGAAUACGUACCAUCAUAGCCACGCCUCAGCAGCAGCACGGGCCGCACGCUUGCGACUCGAGGAUGAAGCCGGCAGCAGCACCGAACGGCUGCAUAUGGGACACUUUACCACCAGCUGCGCCUCCAAGGACCCGGAAGAUCGGACACCGGGGGGAGGCGUGGUGUCAGCGAAUGGGAUUAUGGUGAAGAUGGAUGUGGAUAUCCGGUAG